AAGGAGAAGGCGGUGAGGGUAUUUUUGGAAUAAAAUAUCAGAUUUGGGGCUUUGGUAAUAAGGAAGCAAAAUAGAAGAACUUGGAAGGAAAUUUCAAAACGCCAAAAGAGACUUGGGAAUCAAGUAAACGGAAACGACAGCGUAAUGGUUGCUUUGAGUGUGUUUGGACCAAAUUGCCCCUCUUUUUCAAUUGAUGUCUCGUCAACGCCUCAUUGGAGGGGGAUUUCAUCGUGUUGCUGUCUCUUCCGGCCUUCGUCUUCUUCUUCAUCAUCCAUGGAGUUUCCUCCAGAAGGUUACAGAAGAAACGUUGGGAUUUGUCUUUUUAAUCCUUCUGGAAAAAUUUUUGCAGCUUCGAGGCUGAACAGGCCUGAAGUCUGGGAAAUGCCUCAGGGUGGUGUAAAUGAAGGCGAAGAUCUCAAUACGGCAGCCAAGAGAGAACUCACUGAAGAAACUGGAGUAGUUUCUGCAGAAAUUAUUUCAGAGCUACCCUACUGGCUUACUUACGAUUUCUCGCCCGAAACCAGCAUCAAACUCAGCAAACACUGGGGAGUAAGAUACAAAGGCCAAACCCAAAAGUGGUUUCUGAUGAAGUUCACCGGAAAAGAAGAAGAGAUUAAUCUUCUGGGUGAUGGAACUGAAAGGCAAGAGUUUGGGGAGUGGUUAUGGAUGUCAAUUGAACAGAUAAUGAACCAAACUGCCGAUGUCCGGAAGCCUGUUUAUGCACAAGUGAUGAAGGAAUUUGGUAACUUCAUACUCGGAAAUGAGUGUGAUGAUGUUUCUUUCAAGCAGAGUGAAACCCAAUUAGUUAGCUGAAGUGUUCAAAUUCUGCAAUGGGAAGAAGAAAAUUUAUAUUCAUUAUUCAUACCACAAUCAUUAUACGUGUACCGUAUGAAUCACAGGUUCGUAAAAAAUGUUGUAUUCUUGUAUCUAACUCUUGUUGUUCAAAUAAGAACGCCAAAAUUUGAAGGUCUUGAUAACUUUUGAGAUAAGGCAGAAUGUUUGAUCCUUGUGGGAUAGGGACCAUUGGUGGAUUCAUGUUCAUAUUUGAAAUCUGAGGCAAAGAUAUGGGAA